CCACUGCUCCGUUGCUGUGGCAACCGUGACGACUUGGCAGCCAGAGCCAUCAUCACUCAGCCUCCUCGAGAUGCUCUGGCAAAGGCUCGCACAAGGAGAUUCGCACCCGAGAUCCCGUUCCUUUUAAAUUGCGGCUUUACCUCACAGCCUGGAGAAGGAGAAAAUCGCUGCUGCAAGGAGAAGCCGUGUGAGGCAGGGCAGGGCAGGGGCUCUCAUUUGGUGUCUGCCCCUGCAGAGGCGGGGAGCUGGGAGCACCUGUCGGGAGGAGUUACUCAUGUGAGAAGAAGGUCAUUCCCGGUUAAUAAUGCUUGUAAGGCAGAGGUGAAAGUGGCUCAGCAGAACAACAUCAGGAAAUCUGGCAGACUGGAAGAGCACAGCUGCCCCCCUGGGCAGCUGCCACGUGUGAAGCAUGGAGGAAAGUAAAAACGAGAAGGUGAACCAGGCUCAUGUUCUCUUUGACAGAUUUGUCCAGGCUUCCACCUGCAAGGGGACUCUCAAGGCUUUCCAGGAGCUCUGUGACUACCUGGAGCUAAAGCCCAAGGACUAUCGUUCCUUCUAUCACAAACUCAAGUCCAAGCUCAAUUACUGGAAAGCCAAAGCCUUGUGGGCCAAAUUGGAUAAAAGAGGCAGCCACAAGGACUACAAGAAGGGGAAAGCAUGCGCCAACACCAAGUGUCUGAUAAUUGGGGCUGGACCCUGUGGCCUUCGCACAGCCAUCGACCUGUCCUUCCUGGGAGCCAAGGUGGUGGUGAUAGAGAAGAGGGACGCCUUCUCCCGCAACAACGUGCUGCACCUCUGGCCCUUCACCAUCCACGACCUCCGCGGCCUCGGCGCCAAAAAGUUCUACGGCAAAUUCUGUGCAGGAUCCAUAGACCAUAUCAGUAUCCGUCAGCUCCAGCUGAUCCUUUUGAAGGUUGCCUUGAUCUUGGGAAUAGAGAUCCAUGUCAACGUGGAGUUCCGGGGGCUCGUUUACCCUCCAGAGGACCAGGAGAAUGAAAGAAUAGGUUGGCGUGCACUGGUCCAUCCCAAAACCCAUCCAGUGUCUGAGUAUGAGUUUGAAGUAAUCAUUGGAGGGGAUGGCAGGAGAAACACCUUAGAAGGGUUUCGCCGGAAGGAAUUCCGCGGCAAGCUUGCAAUCGCUAUCACAGCAAACUUCAUCAAUCGCAACACCACAGCUGAAGCCAAAGUAGAAGAGAUCAGCGGUGUGGCCUUCAUCUUCAACCAGAAGUUCUUCCAGGAUCUCCGAGAUGCCACAGGCAUUGACUUGGAGAACAUUGUCUACUACAAGGAUGAUACACACUACUUUGUCAUGACUGCCAAAAAGCAGAGCUUGCUGGAUAAAGGAGUGAUACGGCAUGACCAUGCUGACACGGAGGUCUUGCUGUCCCGGGAGAAUGUGGACCAGGAGGCUUUGCUGAACUAUGCCAGGGAGGCAGCAGAUUUCUCCACUAACCAGCAACUGCCCUCGCUGGACUUUGCCAUCAACCACUACGGGCAGCCCGACGUGGCCAUGUUUGACUUCACGUGCAUGUACGCCUCCGAGAACGCCGCCCUGGUGCGCGAGCAGAACGGCCACCAGCUCCUCGUGGCACUGGUCGGGGACAGCCUGCUGGAGCCGUUUUGGCCAAUGGGAACUGGAAUAGCCAGGGGAUUUUUGGCUGCAAUGGACUCUGCUUGGAUGGUACGAAGUUGGUCACUCGGAGCCAGUCCUUUGGAAGUCCUUGCAGAGAGGGAAAGCAUUUAUAGGCUGCUGCCUCAGACCACCCCAGAGAAUGUGAGUAAAAACUUCAGCCACUACAGCAUUGAUCCUGCCACCCGAUAUCCCAAUAUCAACGUCAACUUCCUGAGGCCACAGCAGGUACGCCACUUGUAUAAUACAGGAGACUUGAAAGACAUUCACCUGGAGAUAGAGAACUUUGUGAACUCCAGGACACCAAAGCUGACUCGAAAUGAGUCUGUAGCUCGCUCUAGUAAAUUGCUCAGUUGGUGCCAGAGGCAGACUGAUGGAUAUGCUGGUGUUAAUGUGACAGAUCUGACAAUGUCAUGGAAAAGUGGCUUAGCUUUGUGUGCCAUUAUCCACAGAUACCGUCCAGACCUAAUAGACUUUGACUCUUUGGAUGAGCACGAUGUGGAGAAGAACAACCAACUGGCCUUUGACAUCGCUGAGAAAGAGUUUGGGAUCUCUCCCAUUAUGACUGGAAAGGAAAUGGCAUCUGUUGGAGAGCCAGAUAAGCUGUCCAUGGUGAUGUACCUCACACAGUUCUAUGAGAUGUUCAAAGACACCAUCCCCUCUAGUGAUAGCCUGGAGCUGAAUGCAGAGGAAAAGGCUGCCCUGAUUGCCAGUACCAAGUCUCCCAUCUCCUUCCUCAGCAAACUGGGACAAAGCAUCUCUCGGAAGCGCACUCCCAAGGACAAAAAAGAAAAAGAACUGGAUGGUGCAGGAAAGAGGAGAAAAACCAGCCAAUCUGAGGAUGAGGACCUCCCACGAAGCUACAGAGAAGAAAGGCCCACACUGGUGAGUGCCCUGACAGAGAGGAGGAUUGAUGCUGCCAUUGGGAAUCAGAACAAAGUCAAGUCCAUGGCAACCCAGUUGCUGGCCAAGUUUGAAGAGAAUGCACCAGUGCCGUCCUCACACUUACGAAGACAGCCACCUGUCCUGCCUUACCAAGAGCGUGUCCACAGCCAGUCAUCCAGCAGACGAGAGCAGGGCCGGCUGGCCCCCAUACCCCAGUGGAAACAGGGCUCGCUCAAGAAGGAGUUCCCCCAGAACCUGGGAGGCAGCGACGUGUGCUACUUCUGCCGCAAGCGGGUCUACGUGAUGGAGAGGCUGAGCGCCGAGGGCAAGUUCUUCCACCGCAGCUGCUUCAAGUGCGAGUACUGCGCCACCACCCUGCGCCUGUCCUCCUACGCCUACGACAUCGAGGACGGCAAAUUCUACUGUAAACCUCACUACUGUUACAGAGUCUCUGGUUAUGCUCAGAGGAAGAGGCCAGCAGUGGGUCCUCUGUCAGCAAAGGACACCAAAGGACCUGUGCAGGACGCCAUGGCCAGCGAUGGGAGCGGACGGGCCAGCAGCCUCCCCAGCUCAGCAGAGAGGGCCCCAGGUCCCAGUGUGAACGGGCUGGAGGAGCCCAGCCUGGCCAAGCGUUUGCGGGGCACCCCGGAGCGCAUCGAGCUGGAGAACUACCGGCUGUCCCUGCAGCGCGAGGAGGAGCUGGAGGAGGUGCCCGAGGAGACCCUGGCAGAGCACAACCUGAGCAGUGUGCUGGACAAAGGGACAGAAGAGGAUGUGCCCAGCAGUAGUUCAGAAUCGGAGAUGGAGGAGGAAGAUGAAGAGGAAGAUGAUGAACAGCAACCCCCUUCAGACCUGGGUGGUGUGCCAUGGAAAGAGGCUGUGCGUAUCCACGCCCUCCUGAAGGGAAAGAGUGAAGAAGAGAUUGAGGCUGAGCAAAAUCAUGAGAUUGAGUACAAAUAUGAUGAGGAGGAGGAGGAAUAUGAAGAGGAAGAAGAUGAGGAGUCAAGUGAAGAGGGGGAGUAUAACCCUUGGGAGAGAGAGCUGCAGCAAGGCCUCUGGCUUCAACGUCUCUCAGAUGAAGAGGACUCGGGUACACAUAAAGCUGGAAACCUUAGGCUGCAGCAGAUUGUAAAUCCGGUUGAUCCUCUGGAGAUCCUGGCAGAUGUGCACUGGACACACAUCCGUGAGAAAGAGGAGGAGGAAAAAAUGGUCUCAGCCUCAAAGUCCUCCACCUCCAGAGCAUCCGACCUUCCCUCCGUACGCCAUGAGGCGGUACAGGCGUGGCUGGAGACGGUCCCUGGAGCUCCAUGUGAGGAGGAUGAUGUGGAGGAUGAGCUGGGCACAGAGCCUGCAGACACAGAAGGGCAGGCAGGUGAAGAGGGAGACACGGGUGCAGAGCUGGACGAUGACAUCGCCUCUGAUGCAGAAGCGGAGUUUCGCUUACGUCAGAGUGGUGCAGAAGGGGCAGAGCUGAAAGUGUCUGAGCAUGAAGAAGAAGAAGAAGCAGAAGAUGCUUCUCACAGUGUGACAGAAGGUCCAUGCAAGCCACCCACCCCUAUCCAGCCCUCUAGUGAGAGUGUUCUUCCUCUGUCUCCAGCUGCUAGUCCCAAAGCAAAACAAGCAGAGGAGGUAGAAGAUCCCCUGGCUGAAGCGAGCCGUGCAAUAAAAUCCCCAGAGCCACGCUUUUUUCCUGAGCCUUUUGUUCUUGAGGAAAGACCAAAGGAUGAAAUUCCCAAAGACAGGAAAGUUAAGAGCCCCUUGGUGCCACCAUCUCCAGUGCUGUCCCAGCCAGUUGCAUCACCAGAAGCCAUUGCACCCCCAUCACUCACAGAGUCCCAGCCAGGAGCACCAGCACUGGCCUCAUCCCCAGCAUCUGCUCAAAUGCCUAUCUGUUCCCAGCCUUUGCCUUCUGCUGAAACAUCCAUUCCAUCCCCAGUGGAGCCUCCAGUAUGUUUCCAACCUGUCCCAGCCUUAACAUCUACUCCUUUAGCCAAAUUGGCCCUUAGGGGCCAGGAUGGUGAGGUGGAAAAACUGGGGAGCCCCACUACUGCAGAAGAAGCCCUGAAACGGAGCAGCCUCGUGGAAGAGUUCUGGAUGAAGAGUGCUGAAAUCCGACGGAGCUUGGGACUCACCCCCGUGGACAGAAACAAACGCUCAGAGAGCAACUUCACUGUGUCUGCUCUGGAGACAACUCCUCAGAAGACUUUCAAUAGCAGGAAUAUUUCAGGGGAUGAAAGGAUCCAUCCUGUGAAACCCCAGCCUGCCCCAAGAAGGCAGGGACUGUCCAAGUUAGAAAAUGAGCAGAUUUCUCUGCUCACUCCAAAGUCUCCGUCAGAAAAAGAGCUAAAGAUUUCCAGUGAAGUACGGGGAGAUGUAUCCAGCAGCUCUGGGCUUGGCCUUCAGGAGAGCUCAUCUAACAUGAGAACCAUGGCUAGCCAGAGCUUCAACACUUCUGACUCCACCAUGCUAACUCCCCCGUCGAGCCCACCCCCACCACCUCCUCAGAACGAGGAGCCGGCCACGCUGCGCAGGAAGAGGUACCAGGCACUGUGGCAGAAUGAGGUGGAAGCCAGGUCACCUCCAACACCAGCAUCAACCCCUCCUGCUCCCCGACACCAGGAGCCAGCCCCUCCUGCCAAGGAGCCCCCCCUGGCCAAGAGGGACGAGGUGCGGAAGUCGUUCGCGGAGAGCGUGGAUGAAAUCCCGUUUGCUGAUGACGUGGAGGACACGUACGAUGACAGGACAGAGGACUCCAGCCUUCACGAGAGGUUCUUUACACCUCCUACCAGCAGGCCAAGGCCAGAGAAACCACAUCUUUUGCCCUUGGUCAAAGAGAAUGGUGGUCCACCCUCCAUGGAAGGAGGGGCUCACCACAAGAAGAGAGUGUUCCCUGACAUUUCUGUGGAGGCCAAGGAGCUUGCUGAAGAAAGAAUGAGAGCCAGAGAGAAGUCUGUCAAGAGCCCAGCACUACGAGAUGCCAUGGCUAAACAGCUGUGUAAGAUGAAAGAUAUGGAGGUGACUGCUGCUCCAGCUGCUGGUGGGGCCACAAGGGCACGAAAGGCAUCUUCUAUGCCCUUGAAGACCAAAGAGUUGUUUUAUGAGUCUCCAAAACAUUUGGCCUUGAAAUUAGCAGAGGGAUCCGCACGAAAACAUCAUUCUGCUACUGAGAAGUACUCUACUCCUCCUGCUGACAUGGCUGGGCCUGAAGGGUCUGUCAGCUCUUCAGAAGGCUCCAGUGGGAAGAGUAAGAAAAGAAGUUCCCUCUUCUCCCCUCGUAAGAACAAAAAGGAGAAGAAAUCCAAAAACGAUAGCAGACUUUCUGACAAAUCUAGUGGUGGGACAGAGGAAGCAACAAAGCCUAGGUCCUUAUGGAAGUCUGUUUUCUCUGGCUAUAAGAAAGACAAGAAGAAAAAGGCUGAUGAGAAAUCUUGCCCAAGUACUCCCUCAAGUAAUGCCACAGUGGAUUCUGGCAAGCACAAACCCUCUGCUCCACUGAUUACAGCUGCAGAUUUACAGCUCCGUCAGCACCUGAGUUUCUCAGAGGACUCCGACCUCUCCAGUGACGACAUUCUGGAACGCUCCUCCCAGAAAUCCAAACGAGAGAGGGCCUACGCAGAGGAGGAGCUGAACGCCAAGCUGACGCGGCGAGUACAGAAAGCUGCCCGCAGACAAGCCAAGCAAGAGGAGCUAAAGAGGUUACACAGAGCUCAGAUUAUCCAGCGGCAGUUGGAACAAGUGGAAGAGAAGCAGAGGCAACUCGAGGAGAGAGGAGUUGCUGUGGAGAAGGCCCUUCGAGGAGAAGCAGACUAUUGGGGAGAGUCUUAUUACAGUGACCUCAUCGACUUGCAUCUGGGUGUUGAGCCCAAUGGCGGGACACCACGUCGUAGACCUCUCUCCUUCUGCCCUUGCUGUGCCCAUGAAGGCAUGGGUAAGAAGGAUGACCCCAAGCUGAUGCAAGAGUGGUUCAAGCUGGUGCAGGAGAAGAAUGCCUUGGUUCGCUACGAGUCUGAACUGAUGAUAUUUGCUCGGGAGCUAGAACUGGAAGACAGGCAGAGUCGACUGCAGCAGGAGCUCCGUGAGAGGAUGGCAGUAGAAGAUCAUCUGAAGACAGAUGAGGAGCUCUCAGAGGAGAAGAGGAUCCUGAACGAAAUGCUUGAAGUAGUGGAGCAGAGAGAUUCCCUUGUGGCUCUCCUUGAGGAGCAGCGGCUUCGAGAAAAAGAAGAAGACAAGGACCUGGAGGCAGUCAUGCUUUCCAAAGGUUUUAGCUUGAACUGGUCCUGAGCUUAGCACAUUUACCUCUGCUGGCUGUGUUGUCCAGUUGGCCUACCCUGAGUUUGCCAGAAUUACAUGGAUAUGAAGAUGUUGAAGGGGAAACUUCUGAAAGGUUCAACAGCAUGCAGAGAUUUGGUUUGAAGCACUCAGAAGCCUUUUGAUAAGCGUGUUGGUUCCAGAAGCUUAAGUUUUACAUGUCUGCAAGCCAAGUUGAAGAAAUGAGUUGAGACUGUGCAAUCUCCUUGAGGUCCUGUACGAUGGACCAUGUUUUGUGUAUGGUAGGAGGGAGGGGGGAAUAAUCCAUGUGUGGGGAAGGAGGUUAAGGGAAGAAGUACCCUUAACUACAUUGGAUUUAAGGCAGUCCAUUCCCUUCCCAUUUUUACUACACCAGUUCUAAUAAAAGGGAGGGAAGUGGCAACCUUUCCUGAAAAACCACAGCAGCCUGUAGCAGUGGAGUCAGCUGUCCAAGAGAGCUCCAGAAGCCCAGGGCAACACCUUCUUUGCUUUAGUCUUCCUCCCCACCAAAGAAACCUGCAGUUGAUCCUUAUGCAUGGAUAUGAAGAAAUACAAGACAGAGAAGAUACUGCUGUGUGUGCUGGAACUCUCUGCCUCUUGGUUUUUGGAGAGAAGUGGGCAUCAGUGGACUCUUUCCCUACCUUAGCCUCCUAAAUCUUCUUGUGGGGAACAAGGGGAGCAGAAGAGAGAGGGAAGAUGCCCACCUGUUUUGCUACACACUGGAGAGGCAGCUACUGCUGGCCUUAGUCUUCAUGGCCACAGCUCAGAGGCUGGUGGGCUUCCUUGUUCUGUUUUUAUUGUGACUGUUUUGACACUGGAAAAUACUGCUGUGGGACAGUGGUAAGUGUGUGCUGGGGCAGGGGUGUUCCCAGGCAGCAUUCCCUGGUUAUUAGGCCCCCUAAAAGGGAGAAGCCCUUAAGUGACCGAACCACCAUUAAGACUUUUCAGUGUUUUUAUUUUUUUUUCCUCUGUAUUUUGUUUUUGCACAUUGGAAACAAAGCUUAAGACCUGCCUGGGCCCUCAGUCACUUUGACCCUUUUAUGUCAAUUAACUUAUUUUUUUAAUACUUGAAAGAAGAUUCAUUUUUGUAUCUUUUAGGAAAAAAAUGGACGAGUGAUGGGUGUGUGUGCCUGCUGCAUCCUACAACUUCCACUUCAAAAUUACUGGACGUUGUUUCCUGUGGCUAUUUAUUAGUGUUCUUAAUAAUAAUUUGAUUGUUACACAUAUUUGAUUGUGGAGGGAGUGUUUUAACUCUGUUAGAGAAAGACACUACUGCGGAUUGGUCCCUGCUUCACAGCAAGGGCAGCCUUUAUGUACCCAUGGAUGCAUCCUGCCCUAGGAGUUUUCAUCUAUGAAAAAAUCCUGUGCACUCAUGGAGUUUAAGAAUCUAUUUGUGUUCUUAGCAUCCUUUUCUUCCACAUCCCACAUUCUCUCUUUUGGACUAACAAACCUAUAUUUAUUUAAAUUUUACAUUUUUAUAACAAGAAAGCCAAAACUGUGAGGUAGAAAUAUCCCAUAUGUCUCUUCCUCACUGAAAGAGGAGAUUCUCACAGUCCUGAUACAGUUUGAGGGAUUUCCAUGAAAACAAAACCAGCACAUUUCCUGCUGCAUCUAUUGGAAGAAGCUCCUUUUGGCCCAGUUAGUGAAUCUGCUGCUUUUCAGCCAGGAGGGUCCUGACUGUCACCACACAAUGAUGGAUGAGCAGGAUGUGCACUGAGCAGCUCAGCCCCCCUCCCUGUGGGACAGACUCCCUGGGCAAGCCGUGUCCUUAACCUAUCCUGCAGAGCUGAAGCAGCACCGUGCGCUGGGGAUGUGUCCCAUCCUUCACACUAUGUGUCCAGAGGGUUUCCCUCCUUGGGAUGCUGACUGUGUUCUUUUCCUGUUCAAGGAGUACCAAGGCUGCUUUCUGAAGUCCCUGAGAACAAGUCCCAUUCCCAAGCACAUUUGUACAGCCUACUGACUCUUCCAGCUGGAAUUGACACUGCCAGUGCGAGGCACCCCAGCAGGGCUGAACAUCCUUCAGUCUUUUGCCCUGGCACAGAAGUUUGCAAGGUCCCUUGCUGUUGGCUCUCUACCUCCUUCAGAGGGGUCUCCUGUAAGCCAAGGUCUAUGAUUUGAAUUCACCUCUGACUUGGGAGAAUGCCCCAGGCUGAGGAAGAAUGGGUAGGAGUGUCCAUGAGGACUCUGAGCAGUGCUGGUUGCUAACUAUGGAAACCCGUGUUUUCCACCCAAAGUGUUCUCCCUUUAUUCCACAUAAGGCAUUACAAAUUAAAUCCAGAUACUCGUGAAACCAAGCAGACAGACAGGCAGCUGCAGUGCUACUUCAUAACUGUGUGUGUUUAGCAAGUGGCACCUGCCAUUCCAGCAUCCCAGAGCGUUGGCUUUACCAGCAGGAUUUCUAACAAACAGAAUUCCCUCCCGUUUGCUGGUGCAGGGCUGCUGCCCAAGUGAGACUGGCAGUGGUAGUUUACAGUCUGCAUUUGAGGGGCCACUGGAAGCUGGAGUGCAGGAAGAGGGAAGAAAAGAUGGAAAGUUAACUGUAAAUUGUCUUGUGCAGAGAGUUGGCCUCAGUCCAUUUUAUUGUGCACUGGGUAUAUGGACCACAUCUAUCUAACUUGUAACAGAAGGUCAUUGAAUGUGAGCUGUAGAACUAAAAACACUUCUGAAGAUUCUUUUUAGAUGGUUUCUUUUCCCUUUCAUGCUGAGGGACAUUUGCCAGAUCUUUGCAAUGCUGAAGAGUGAAAUCACUUCAGGAUGUAGUACCUUACAGCACAGAAAACCCACAUACUCCAACCCUAAACUCUUUGGGUUGUGCUGAAGGCCUCCAGCAGUGAGAAUGAAAACAAAGAGCUAACAUCGCACACACAAAUUGAUUAAAAUACACAAAAGGGAAUGUUAAAAGGCCUUUUUAUAUCAAAAUGGUUGUAAAAGGCACAACUUGUUAUUUGCUGUUCAGUUGCACUUUAAGAAUAUGACUUGCAUAUCAGAUAGUGGGAUUUUUUACUCUCUGAAUAUUUUUAAUUCAAAUUUUGUAUUUUUAAAGCUGAAGAAGGUUCUUGUGAGCACAAGAUCCCUUAUUUGUAUCCGAAUCCGAGCAGGAUGUUGUAGAUCUUUGCGCUGCCCGCAGCGCGCACUCAGCCACGUGCAUUCAAUGACGUGUGUCCAUUUCACGUGUGAGGAGAGCCCGGGGACCCUCAGCUCCCCAGGCGUGGGCACACAGGGGUGGCUGUCCCCAGGUGACACGGGGCUGGCCGUGCUUCGUCCCGGCAGCCGGCGGGAACAGAGCCGAGCGCGGAGCCUGAGCCGCGCUGGUUCUGAAAUGGGCACACCGAGGAUGGGGCGAGCCCUUCAGCCCCGGCGGGGAAGGGAGGGGAACACCAGCUCCUGGCAGGAAACGCCCAGGGGGUAAAUGGAGAUGGGGGAGUGAGGACUGCCAGAACAACUAAUCUGCUGUUUUCACAAUACCAAUUAUUUUUAAACUGUUCUGUUCCUUUUAACCAUAUUGUCAUUAAAAGUCACAACUGGCUGUAAAAUUCCGAGCUUCGGAGAACUAAUGUGUGGGGAGGUGACGAGACAUUUCAGCUCCAACUUUCAGACAUAUUCCUUCUUUCAGUUAACCAAUACCCCCUGGUCUCACUAGGGCAUGUUAUAAACCGCAUUGCUGAACAUAUUUUAGAGCAAACCGCAAGUUUUAAAGGUCUGUCCUUCUCUCUCUGUCUCUGCAUUUUCUGUAAAUAUUUGUUUGUAUGUAAAGGCACCAGUGGAUCCUUGGGCUACCCCAUGGUCAAGAAUCUGAGUUUUGUGCAAUGCCUAGGCCUCUGUUAGAACACGGUGCUUGCGUAGAGCUAGUCACCACAUUUGUGUGCACUCUGGUGGGUUUUAAUAUUUUUAUACAUCCUAAUCCUGAAUGUUAUGAAGUAUUCUAAGUGGUCUAGACAGCAUGAUCUAGAGCAGCCGGCAGUUCCCUGUUGUGAGCAGCUACACCUUGUUUGGUUAACAUUCUUCUAAAAUGAGUUUCCCAUUAAGUGUUUACACCACACACCGGUGGAUUGAGAGAGGUGUUGUUGCAUUGUAAAAUCUCCCAUGUGCAAACUGAAAAGCUUCAAUGGGAAUUUCAGUUGUCACUGUCUGCAAGGAAGGGAGCUCUAAAGCAUACUAAAAACCAGUCUGUAUAUAAUCACAGAGAAAGAGAUUGCUGGCUGUUGACCUUUGCAAAGUAACAGAGAUGGGAAGCUUUCCAAAAGUUCCUGCUUUUGGGUUGUCCAAGCCUGCUACCCUGCCUGUACAUGCCUGCUUGGCAGGGUAGCAGGCAGAUGAGGAUGUGACUGAAAGCAGGUGUGAAGGGGAGGAUGCCAUGUUCUGAUGGCAUUGCAGUAAUUUCAGUACUCUGUAUCUGUGGGUGCAUGCGUGUGUGUGUGAAGUCUAAUCCAGACAAAGGGACUUGCUUUGGCACCUGCCCUUUUGUACGAACGUGAACUCUGAUAUUCAGAUUGUUCAAGGCGCUUACGGUUGGCAUGUAUGGAACGUUAACAGAAAAGCGAAUACCCUACCUGUACAAAACCAACUCUGUUCCAGCCUGUUUUCUUCUAUUUGGUUGUGUUUUAUCGUUUGUUUUCAUGCACACUUGCUUCAUUGGUGUUGAGAUUUUAGCACCUCAGAUGGCCAACUGAACUAAA